AUGUUACAGGAGAUUGACUUCCCCGUGAAGGACACCCUUGGAGACAUUGUCGAGGUGAAACUUGAAAAGAGCAGUUCUGAAUGGUUUUGUAGACACAUCGAAGUGAAAACUCCCUCUGGAAAGUGCUUUAUGUUCCCCUGUUAUCGCUGGAUAGACGGAAAUGAAGUGAUUAUCAGAGAGGGCAGUGCUCAACUGCCUCAGGAUGACACAGAAUUGUUUAAAAAGCAAAGAGAAAAAGACUUGGAAUCUAGAAGGAAAAUAUACAGAUGGAUCCAGAAGCGCCCAGGCUUCCCUCGGUCCUUGGAUGCCGAACUGAAAGAUCUUCCUUUAGACGUUCAAUUUGAUAAAGGGAAAGAAUCCGACUUCGAUGGGAAUUUCCGAAAAGUGAUUGAUGAAGCAGGCUUGGACAAACUCUUAAGUUUCUUUCAGUCCUGGAAAGAUAUAACAGAUUAUGAAAAGAUAUUUAGAGCAAUCUACAUAAAGGACACUACACUAGAGAAUAUGAUCCAAGACUGGAGUACGGAUUACAUGUUUGGCUAUCAGUUCUUGAAUGGCUGCAAUCCUGUCAUGAUCCGGAAAUGCGUGAAACUUCCAGAGAAAUUUCCAGUCACGCAUGAGAUGGUGAAGGGCUUUUUGCAGAGAGGUCUCACGCUACAAGAAGAAAUAGAGAAAGGAAACAUCUACAUUGUGGAUUAUGAAAUUUUGGACGGAUUGCCAGCCAAUAAAACAAAAAAAUCUCAGUUCUAUUUGACUGCACCCAUCUGCUUACUGUACAACAACAGACUGAACCAAAUUGUGCCAAUUGCCAUUCAGCUCAGUCAAACACCAGGGGAAAAGAGCCCAAUCUUUCUCCCAGACGAUAACGAAUACGAUUGGAUGCUUGCCAAGAUGUGGGUGAAAUCUUCUGACUUCAAUGUACACCAGCUGGUCACACACCUUCUCAAGACUCAUCUGAUAUCAGAGGUUUUUGAAGUAGCCAUGUACAGACAGCUUUCUACGGUCCACCCUGUUUACAAGUUACUGACACCUCAUGUCCGUUUCACAAUUGCAAUCAAUGCAGAGGCGCGUGAAAAGCUCAUCAGUGAUGACGGGGUCUUUAGCAGGAUUAGUAGCAUAAGUGGAAAAGGGAUGGAGCAAUUGCUGGGAAGGGCCACGAAGACUUUAACCCUCAAGUCCCUGUGUUUCCCUGAGACCAUAAAAGUUCGAGAAAUGGAAAAGGCACCCAAGUACUAUUAUAGAGACGAUGGCAUGAUGAUCUGGAAGGCAAUAAACAGUUUUGUUUCGGAUGUGAUUGAGAUCUACUAUGACAGCGAUGAGAAGGUUCAACAAGAUGUGGAGAUUCAAGGAUUUGUUAAGGAUGUUUCCAUAUUUGGCAUGCAGGAUUCUAAGGGUGACAAGUUUCCACAGUCUCUGAAUACUCGAGCGGAGCUAACCGAGUACCUGACUGCUGUGAUAUUCAACGCUUCAGCACAACAUGCUGCAGUCAACUUUGGACAGUUUGACUGGUUUGGCUGGAUCCCCAACAGUCCUUCCACCAUGCGCCAGCCGCCUCCCCAACAGAAGGGUGAAACAGAUCUAAAAUUUAUCAUGGAUUCUUUGCCUGACCGCGGUUGUUCCAGUGAGGUUUUAGGAACAACUUGGGCCCUCAGUCAGUUCCAGGAAAAUGAGCGGUACUUGGGCAUGUAUCCAGAUAUGUGUUUUACGGAGCCAGCAGUGAAGGAAGCCAUUAAGAGAUUUCGCAAGACACUAGAUGAGGUGACCGACAGCAUCAAGCGCCGGAAUAAAGAAUUAACAAUGGAUUAUUGUUAUCUGUCCCCAAACAAAAUCCCCAACAGUGUUGCAGUUUAAGAAAAGUUACAUUUUGCA